GUUGCUCACAUGUGCUCAUUGUUGUGUUGAACGCUUGGACGGACCGACACUCUAGGCCGUUCUUCAGCAAGCUUAGGCCAUGAAAACUCACCAGCUGGCGUUAGUUGCGUUAGGAGCUACUGGAGUGGAAUCGUUCUUGCCUCCUUGCACCCAUGACCCUUUAGCAGUUGGGAGAGCAGCUUCCGAUAAGAGCAGGUCCAACAUGCGCAUGGCCGCUUUGGACUUCAGUGCUUCACCCGUCAAUACCCGGGAAACCUUCCAGCGCACAAUGGAUCUGGCACUUGAAGAAACAGGGGCAAAGAAAAAAAUUGCGUUGCUUGGUUCGACGGGCUCCAUCGGCACGCAGACGUUGGACAUUUGUCGGGAGAAGCCCGAGAACUUCGAGGUUGUGUCUCUUGCUGCUGGAUCCAACGUUGACCUUCUGGCGAAGCAGAUUGCUCUCUUCAAGCCGAAGAUGGUUUCUGUGGCGACGGAGGACCUCGUCCCCGCACUUCGUGAGCGCCUGUCGGACAUGGGGGUUAGAGGGGCAGACCUGCCAACCGUCACCUCGGGUGCGGAAGGGAUCGUUGCCACUGCGUGCCACGAUGAUGCCGACACGGUUGUGACAGGUAUCGUCGGCUGUGCAGGGCUACUCCCAACAGUUGAGGCUAUCAAGAGGAAGAAGACCAUUGCGCUGGCGAAUAAGGAAACUCUCAUUGCCGGUGGACCAGCAGUACUCCCCCUCCUCAAAGAAUAUGGCGUGGACAUGGUUCCUGCUGAUUCUGAACACUCUGCAAUCUUCCAGUGCCUGCAGGGAUUCCCACCAGGCGCACUUCGUCGGAUUAUCUUGACAGCUUCUGGGGGUGCUUUCCGUGACUGGCCGGCGGCGGACUUGGCGAAGGUGACUGUAGCUGAUGCGCUGACGCACCCAAACUGGGACAUGGGUGCAAAGAUCACCGUGGACAGUGCCACGAUGAUGAACAAGGGUCUUGAGGUAAUCGAAGCUCACUAUCUCUUUGGCGCGGACUACGAUGAUAUUGACAUCGUCGUGCAUCCCGAGAGCAUCAUCCAUUCCAUGGUCGAGGCUCAGGAUACAAGCGUUAUUGGGCAGUUGGGGUGGCCGGACAUGCGACUGCCAUUGCUCUAUUCGCUCUCCUGGCCGCAUCGAGUACGUAUGUCAUACGACAAGCUGGACCUGGCAAAGCUGUCUAAGAUGACGUUCAAGGAGCCUGACCGUGUCAAGUACCCGUGUAUCGACCUGGCCUAUGCUGCUGGUCGAGAAGGAGGGAGCAUGACUGCUGCGAUGAAUGCUGCUAACGAGCGGGCAAACGAGAUUUUCCGGAAGGAAGUAAUUUCUUUCGUGGAUAUUCCACGAGUGAUCGAGGUUGUAAUGGAAGCUCACAAGGCAGACCUCAUGGCAACACCGUCCAUCGAAGACAUUGUCAACGUGGAUCUGUGGGCAAGAGGAAAGGUGGACGAAGCCGCUGCACAGCUCAAGGAGCUGGUUGGAGCUUAGACUAGAAUUUGCGCACUUGAUUGAACGUGUGUUUUGCUCGUGCUCCGUCUAUCUAGACAAAUACAUUUAGGGAAUAAAAUCCACUCUCUAGUUUUUGCUUGUGUGGGUGAUGUCCAUGUAUUCUGGGCGUCCAUGUUUACACCUUUCGGUGUACAUGUAUGUUUUGGACGCACCAGCGGGUGGUUCACACAUUCACAGAAGGAAGGUCCAAAGACUUUUUCUCCUC